AUGUACAUAACUCUAUGCAACGCUUACAAAGUUCUUGUCAUCAAUCCAAAAAUGGGCUAUAGUCACAUGAAUUUUAUGGGCAGGUUGGCCGAUACAAUUGCAGAAGCAGGGCAUGAAGUGGUUACUUUGCAACCUGUAAUGGAUGGUUCUUUGGCUUCCAAUGGUACGACUAAGUCACGCCUCAUACAACGUGGUCCGUUCGCUGAUAUGGCUCGUCCCACCAAUAGCGACGACAUGAAACUUGUGUGGACAUCGGGUGCUAAGAACCCGAUUGGUUUAGUUAUGUUUGUUCCAAUGAUCUCCAAUUUUGCGGUGAAGACUUUAUCACAUCUUUUGGAUGACAAACCUCUGUUGGAGCAACUGAAAGCAGAACAGUUCGACGUUGCCAUUACAGAGCUCUUCGACUUCAUUGGAAUAGGAGUUCUCAACGCUGUUGGCGUAAAGAAUAUCAUUGGUGCCCACUCCUCUGUUAUCAUUGAGGGAACUGCUUUAGCUAUAGGCGUUCCUGUGAUCCCCAGUUUUAUGCCAGCUUCCUUCAGUGUUACGGACGACUCAACCGAUUUGUGGACCCGCGCCACGAAUCUUGUGUUCACAGGUGCAUCACUGUACUUUCAGAAAGGAAUAGCCAGUGCUAUAGAUCGAUUAUUGAAGGAAAAACUCGGGAGCAAUGCGAUUCCUAUAUGGAUGAGUAAGAAAGGUCGACAGAUAUUACUACAGGAUACAGUAUCAAACAUGUCGUGGGUAGUGGAUAACGCUGAACCUCUGCUGGAUUUCGAGAGGCCAACACUUCACAAAGUUGUUCACGUAGGUGGUCUCAGUGUGCAUAAACCCAAACCACUGAACAAGGUAUUUUGUUUGCUUUUCCUGUGUAUUUUCCUCAACUUAAUCCUCUAUACAAUACAGGAGUGGGAUGAUAUACUGAAUCGAAGACCCCACACAGUACUGAUCUCGUUUGGGAGUGUUGCUCGAAGUGCACUCAUGCCCGACUUGAUGAAGAAAACUGUACUCGAUAUUAUCAAGUCGUAUCCGAAUAUAACAUUUAUCUGGAAAUAUGAAGAACCUGACGACAAAAUGUUCAAAGGAAUUGAAAACGUGAUACCUACUAAAUGGAUGCCGCAAGGCGAUUUGUUAGCUGAUAAUCGUCUGACUCUGUUUGUCACACAUGGCGGCGUUAACAGCAUGAUGGAAACUGCAACGCUUGGAAAGCCUGUCAUAACAAUUCCACUAUUCGCUGAUCAGAGCAAAAACGCGAAGCUAAUGCAGAAAUAUGGCUUUGGUAUCAUAGUGGAGAAAACAGAGCUACUUGGUGGCAAUAGACUUCAUGAAGCCAUUGAUCGAGUGAUCAAAGACAAAAAGUACCAAACCUCGGCCACCCGAAUCAGCCGUCUAUUAGCGCGACGUCCUUUCAGCCCUGAGGACAAAUUAGUGAAGACCGUUGAACUUGCUGCUGAAUUUGGUAACAUUCCAGAGCUGAAGGCAGCUGGCAGAAACCUCAGCUUUUUCGUCUACUAUAACAUAGAUUUAAUUGUGAUCUUGAGCGUUGUAUUUUUAUCAGUGUUUGGUCUAAUAUUGUACAUCAUACUACGGGUAUGCCGGCUCUGUUUCUCAUCGAAAAAGCAAAAAAAGCAGUGA